CGGGAGCGCUCUCCACGUCGCCUCCCCAAAACCCCCAGGCCGGGGCCGCCACCACCAACUUUUCAGAGAGAGCUACGCACGGCACCGGCGCCAUGGGCCCCACCGCUCGCCGCCUCCUCCUCGUCGCCGUCGCCGCUGCCGCGGCGGCCCUGCUCCUCCUCCAACCCGCUCCCGCCUCCGCCGAGGCCGCCUCCUCGCAGGACGCGGCCGUGCGGUGCGUGGCGGCGAUCGUGUCCCUCUCGCCGUGCCUGCCGCACGUGGCGGCCGUGGAGGCGCGGCCCGUGCCCGCGCCCACCGACGCCUGCUGCGUCGCUUUCCUCCGCGCCGUCUCCCCCACGGGAGGCGGGGGCGGGGAGGGCUGCCUCUGCCACCUGCUCCGCGAACCGUUCCUCCUCGGCUUCCCAGUCGACGCCGCUCGCCUCGGCGCGCUCCUCCCUGCCUGCGCCGCCGGUAACGCCUUCGCCGCAGCCACCGUCGAGGUCUCCACCCUCUUCGCCGACGCAUGCCGAGAGCUCAAGGUGCUGCCGGAAUUGCAUUUCACGCCCCAGUCAACAACUAGGCCAGAAAUUUCCCCAGCUGCUGUCCCUGAGUCAGUGUCCACGCCGAUGGAGAAGGAUCCUUCAGCCACGCCGUUGGUUCGGUCGGUUGCAGAGGCCUCUGGUUCCUGCGGGAUUCCCCUUGCUGCAUUGAUCCUCGCAGCAGCAGGAGCUGUGAUCACGUAGUACCUGUGAUGUAUGCACGGCCUUCGAUGAUACGCUUGUCGACCUUGAUCUUGAACUCCGUUUUGCCGUGCGUUUGUUUCUUCGAUUCAGAUUACAUUGUGUUGCACACAGAGCACCAUGUCUCUGAAACACCCUUCCUGACUGCAGUGGCUGGUGCAUGUUUUGUGUCCCAGGUUUACCGGUGCUGAUCCUUUCUUCCCUGGCAUGCACCACUGAGAGAAUGGUACGAAUAUAAUGCGGUUUCUGCUGUGCUGGUCCCUCCAAACUGAAUCAGUCUUAUUUCUGCA